CAGGCCCAUCCGAUCGAGGGGCUUGCGUUAAGUUAGGUUUUGAGCAGGGGGAAGUCAAAGAAGGCACUUGUUCAUUGUGAAGGACCACAGAUAUUGAGAAAGGAUGCUUUCAACAACAGCACCGAACUCGAGUCGCCUACUCAAGCAAUCCAACCAAUUCAUCUCACCCCACUCGAUCCUCCUACAAACCAAAAAGGCAGUCCAACAGCGGCUGAAGAAGAUCAGGACGACCCGGCCCAACAACUUGCCGAGUCUGCUCAAGAUCCUCCUAUCCACCACCACCACAUAUUCGAAAGACCAAGGAUUGGGAGGAGAGUCACCAUUCCUGCCGACCAAGUUCCGCUCCGAUCGACCCCGCCAAAGUCAGAUGGCGUGCACCGAUCAUCAAAGCCCAAGCGCGGGCCCAGAUCUGUAAACAGGUGUUCCACUGGCGGAUCUUGCAAUAUGUCUUCAACCUGACCGCCGACUCAGUCGGCGAAUCUGGCAACACAAAGUGAUGAGCCAAUGCAUAAUCACAACGUAAAUCUUUGUUACCAAGCAACGAAAUAUCCUCACCUUUCCUUACCUCAUGCAUAUGUACCAGGG